GUGCUCUACGAGGAGUAUGCUAAGCUUUUGGAGGGCCGAGAGAAGACAAGAAAGGCAGAUGAGGUUUAUCAGUUGGGCGUGGCGAGGAAGGCUCAACCGCUAGCCCGUCUAGAGCGCAAGUAUGUGGAUUUUCAGAGGCGCGUUAUGGCACGGACUAUCAGGGCCAGGCGCGGUGAGAGAGGAGCCCUUGUAGCCACGCCUUGGCUGGAUAUUGGGUCUGACGAGGGUCGGCGCAAGGAGAAUAUGCUGGAAGCCAGUAGCUGGCGCGGCCAAACGCUAGAGCAGCGGCGUACACCUGCAGCUGCGGGAAGGCCAGUUGUUGAAAAGUUUACAGUUUUCAGCGAUGAACCCAAAGUUGGCGAUGGCGACAGUGAUGCUCACGGUGAAACCCCAGCUGCUGCUGUUGCUGCGUCUAUUUCGACUUUGAAUCCGAGUUCGAAUAUCUCUGGGGUCCUAGGACAGCGCCAGGUCGAUGGCAAGGCGUUGACCAGCUCCUCUGGGUUAUUGAACUCGUUUGACGCUUCGACUGCGAUCGCCGCGACUGUAGAGACCAGCUCGGUGGCGAGCCGGCCGCCGGGCAAGAGCAAGCCUUUGGAGCGGAUGGUCAUGAGCGAUGGCAUCUUGUUUCCAUCGGGCGACGGCGUGCCGCAGUGCGUCGAGGAGGCGCGCUCCAGGCUCCCGCGCUAUGCCUUUGAUUACCACCAAUGGCAGCUGCAGCACGAGAGGCCAGAGCCGGCGCCAAUCCUAGAGAACACCGUGGAUAGCGGAAUCAGACGCAGUAAGCGCAAGAGCUUGGGCGUGAGCUCGCCUACGAUAAACACAAAGGUAGCACAAAAGGAGAUGCUCGGGAUAUGGAAUGAUGACCUGGACUCAGACUCAGACUCUGAGAGUCUUCGUGAUGUGAACACGCCGUGCAAGACCCCCUUGGCCGGCGGCAGCAAGCGAUCCGCUGCGAUCACUGACGACGAUUAUCAGUUCACCAUGGGUCCGGUGACCCCGCAUGUUGUGCCCGAGAGCAUCGGCCGGCAGUUGCCUGUGAUUCCGACAUCUGCGAGAUCUUUUCGCUUUGCAUCAGGCCUGGGUCGACCAGACGUGGAUGAGAAUGAUGCGCCGACUGUUGUGCUCAACUCUAUAAGGGCUGCUCGCCGCCAGGAGCUGCAGAUGACGAGGGCGCGGCCGACUCCACUGGCUGCUCGCUUGCAUCCGACACCGCUAGCCUCGCGCGGAUAUUCGACGCCGUUGGCCUCGAGGGGAAAACAGUCAAUAUUGCUUCAGCCGAUGAUGCAGCGUAUGGGCCAUCUCGACGAGUCUGAUGAGGAGGCAGUGGCCGAUGCUGAGGCCAGGACGCCGGCUAACAAGAAGAGGAUUCAAAUAUUCCGCGAUCCUGAAUCUAUUGGCAAUGGCAUAAACAGCAACACUAGGCCCGAGUCGCCGUCCGUCAUAUCCCUUGGGCGGUUUUUUGACGACAGCCGUGGCGUGCAUUCGGCCCCUGCGGAUAUGCCCAGUCAGACAUUUGAUGAUGCUGUUGCGGGAUCUACUGACCGCCUGGGACCGCUCUAUUCUACUCCGAUUCGCAGCGCUCGGGCACCUGGUACUCGUGGAGCCACACAUUCAAUUCCACACUCGGCUUCAGCGGCCAUGCGGUACUCGCAGCAUACACCCGGAUAUACGCGCACGGCGACAGGAUACUCUAUCAGCGGUGCUGAGUUUUCGGCCGUGUCUGGGUUCACCGGCGUGUCGACCAUCGGGUGGCCUACAUCGUCCAUGCCCAAUGACCAGUUUGACUCUGGCGAUGAGGAGCGCAGGAGCGAGGUUUCACAGACGCCCAUGCGGAAGAGGCUGUCGAUGGCAGCCAGGGAUUUGGGCAGAAUUACACCGAGAUUUCCCAGCGAGAUGGCUGGGAACAGCAACAAUGCGGAGCACGAUGUUGCUUGUGACUAUGCUGAGGAAGAGGAAGACGACGAGGACGAUGAGGAUGAAGACGAGGAUGAUGGCGAUGAGCCGUGUACUGAAAACAUAGGAGAGUUUUCUGACUUGGAUAGCCAGAUGAAUGAGCUGCAGAUGCAGCUGGGUGCGCAGUACAUGCCGCAUGUGCCGGCAUCUGUGGAGCGGCCUUCUGGGCGCGACAGUGGCUCGAGAACGUCAUCCGAAGAUAAAGGCUCGAUGUUUCAGAUAUUCCGUGACUAAAGUGAUUAUUUUUUCAAUGCAUACUUUGAAUGGAUUAGUACCAAAAACUAGUCUAUUUUUUUCUUUUGACAUAAAUAAAAUGCCAGACGGCAAUGUAUGUG